AUACACAUACCGCCGGUAGAGUCUUUCGUUCAUCUUCUUUGACAAGAACAUCAACGUUUUGCAAUCGCAUCCACCCAUAAUGACUUCCAAAUAUUAGCGGUAUCAUAAUGAUCAAUACAAGAUUUUUGUUGAAAAAUUCGCGAACAUUCGGCAUUUUGGAAGCAAUUCCUUAGAUAAACAAAAUAAAACCGUUUUUUUCUUGUAUUUUGAUUUGCUUAUGAUUACUUUUAAAUGUAGUAGAAACACAUGAAGAAGAUUGUAUACUAUUUAUUUUUAUGGCAUCAGCUGAUUUGCGAUUUGUCAACAUUUUUCUCAGUACAGAUUUAUUACAAAACUGUAUUUGUAGUAGUUUUUUCAUCUGUGCCUUUUAAAAUGACAAAUGAAAAAAUGACAAUUCACAUCAAAAUCGUCACUUUCCUGUUUCCCUUUCAUUCAUUCAUUGUCAUUUCUCAAAAACAUGGUGGCAUUUCAGUGAAGGGGUGUACAUUUCGACUAGUCAUUAAAAUUUAAGAAAGCUUAUUUAGCAAGAGUGUUUGAUACAAAUUGUAAACACCGAAUUAAUAAGCUUCAUACAAAAUUAAGGAUGACGUCUGAAGAAUCACAGAUUUCUGAAGAACUGAAGGGAUGUUACGAGAAUCUUAUUGUUAUAGAUAUUGGUGCAAACUUGACGAACAAGAAAUACGGCCGUGAUCUGGAUUCUGUUAUUCAAAGGGCAAAAGACGCAGGAGUCCAAAAGAUAAUGGUCACGGGAACAUCGGUUAGGAGCAGUAAAGAAGCACUCAGGCUCACUCGACUCUACCCGAGCACUAUAUAUUCUACUGCAGGUGUACACCCACACGAUGCAAAAUCAAUGGUAGAGGAGGAGUUGUGGGCCGAGUUACAGGCUACGGCUUCGGCGCCUGAGUGUGUUGCGAUAGGAGAGUGCGGACUGAACUACAGUAAGGACUUUUCCGAACCGAAGGUGCAGAGGGAAGUUUUUAAACGGCAGGUUGAAAUCGCUUGCGAAUUACAAAAACCCCUAUUCGUUCACGAGAAAGAGGCGCAAGAUGACCUCACAACGAUUUUAGACGAAUUCGGGAACAAAUUACCGCCAGUUGUCAUACACUCGUUCACGGGAAAUGUUGAACAAGGAAUCAAAUAUAUAGAAAAGGGUUUCUAUAUUGGUAUAACAGGGUAUAUUUGCAAGGAUAAGUCUGAUGGUGGUAUUAGAAGACUACUGUCGGAGAGAAUUCUACCUCUGGACAAGUUGCUGGUCGAGACCGAUUCGCCGUUUAUGUAUCCUAACAUGCGGGCGUCUAAACUGCCGUUGCACGUCAAGGAUUCGCUUACGGAGAGAUCACAGAACUUCGUGAAUCGUUAUUGCACCUUCCAGCGUAAUGAACCGUGUGCCUUACCUGCUAUAGUUGAACUCGUAGCUGGCUUCAGAGCUGAGAAGCCGGAGGACGUAGCGCUUGCUACUGCAUUCAAUGCGCUCAAGAUCUUCGGGCUCAGCCAGUAAGUGUAACAUUUGAGGGUAGUUUUAAAAAUUCAUUCAUAAAUUGAUUUUUGAGGGUAGAUUGAUAAAAAUUGAAUGCAAAACUUUUACCUUCGGUAUAAACUAUAACGAUUUACUUAACGUAGAUGUCAUACAUUUUACAAACCAAAAGUUAUAUAUAAACAAAAAAUAUUUUCACCUUAAUAAGUUUUGUUGCGUGUGUGGUCCCUAAAUCCAUUCUAUUUCAACGAAAUAAAAUGCUGUUUUAGUAUGAGAUAAAGUUUGUUUGUUGAAAAUCUAUUUAUGAAUGAAGUCGUCCUUAAAGUUGAAAUGUCUCGAUUGUCGACUUUAUUAAUCAUAAAAUAAAUAUUAUAUACAAAUGAAAAUAUUUAUACAAUAUACAUGUUAUUUAAGAAAUUGAUAUUACUGAUUUUACAAUUACUUGUGACUAUCGCCGUUUUAAUAUUUAAAAAAAUGUUACCUAUUUGUAAAUAAUGAUUUAAUUUGAAAAGAGUAAGAUUUAAGAAUUUUAUGACAAUAAUUGCAAUGAGGGAAAAACUCUUUUCAAAGAUGUGAUCGUUAUUUGAAAUGGCAGCUAAUUUUCCCCAUUCGAUAUGGCAAUAUGAGGCUAUUACUAACAGUUAAAUAAUCUUGCCAGAAAAUAAAGACUAGAAUAGAGAAUGCCUCUAUAAUCUAUGUUCAUAAAAAUAGGUUAAGAUUUACUGACAAAUUGUUUUGCUUAAAUACGUCCAGGUAUACCUGAACGCUUUAAAUGCCAUGAACUGCAUAAUAUUAGGCAGAAUUUUUGUUUAUAGCGAUAAGCUUUUAUGUUUUGUAUUGUCUAUGGUGCACUUGCUUGUAUUUACGAAUAUAGUGGCAACAAUAAGCACAGUGAUCUCAUUUUAACCAAUGUAAAGUGUCAUCAUAGUUUUUAGCUGACUUGUAAAUGUUUUAUUUAAGCAAUUUAAUCUGUGGUGACAUUUGACAUGUUUUGACAGAUAGAAGUAAUGACAGAAGUAAUAAUUGUUAUCAUAGUGUGUACCCCGUUUUUGGUAUAUCUGUGCGAAUGCUAUUUAUCCCAUUUAUUUGAAAUAUUCAAACAGCUAUGCCAAAAAUUAUGCCACUUAUUCGCACGGUGUCAUUUCGCUCUGGCCAGAGUAUUCCUAUUCGAAUUUUAUUUUUGUUUAUCGAAUAUUGUAAAUAGAUAUUAAUGUUGUUUAAUGCUGGUAGUCACAACGAAAUCAAAGACUGCAAGUAUUAUGUGGAUUUUAGUUUUGUUGGACUACGGAGGGUAGUCGAGUAUUGUUGAUUCCUUAUUUUUUGAUCACUUGUAAGUCUUAGGGGUUAUUUAUUGUACUGAAUUGUAAUUGUAUACAUAACAUUGUAGUUUAAGAACCCUCGGACAAAUGUACUGUAGUGCCUUCGACAUAACGUCCUUUUGUGAUACAAUAUUUUUUCAUAGAUUGUACAGAUUAUUUCUUGCAAUAAAAGUUUAAAACGAA